AUGCCAAGUCGCCUUUCCCAGUCAACGCGUCGACUCGCGCCAAAUUCCUACUCCCGCAACUCGCGCAUCUCAGCAACGUCAAGUCAGAAUGGACGCCGGUCUUUGACCCAAAGAGCGAACACAAAUUUGCGGGAGGACAUAGAGGAAGAGGAAGAUGAGGAGGCAGAAGACGAUGGUGCGCAAGGAGGAGCUGAAGAUGAGGACGACGCAAGCGAUGGAGAAGCAUCGCUGCGUAUGCAGAAGCGCAGGCGAAUGAACGAGGGCAGCGGCGCCAAAAGCGUUGCAGACAAACUGGGAAGAAAGGAGGUCAAUCGCAGAGCUCAGGACUUGAUUCGCAUGGCUCUCUUUCACGAAUAUAAGCGGACGCCUCUGAGGAGAGACGAUAUGAAUAAGAAAGGUGAGACAUUGCUGUCCGAGCGAUGCUGUGCGGACUGGCCCCACGAUCCUAAUGCAGACAACCCAUGCAGUGCUUGGCAAGGAGAAUUCUCGCGCGUUCCCAGUGGUCUACAACAAAGCACAAAGAUUGCUCAGAGCUACCUUUGGGUACGAGCUUGUGGAGCUAAGAGCCAGAGGCACCGAGAGUCAGGCACAUCUCGAUCUCCUCAGGAUGCAGACUCAGAGCCUCAAAGAGGCGAGCAAGAAGCGAAGUAAGCACAUUGAAGAAGAGGAAGAGACCGCCAAGAGUGAGUGCUUCUCCCAGCUCGAUGCUCGACUUGCAUCAAUGGUCAUCUUGAUCAUUUCUUUUCCUGCAGACAUACCCUCGGGCUCGUAUGUGCUGCGCUCACUCUUGCCGCCAGCGCUAUUGAAUGCGCUCCAAACUCCCGACGCUGGGCUUGUCGCAGCGACGGCCAGCACCGACGCGGUGCAACAUGGCGAUCCGACGGGAGUAGCCAUUGACUGGAAGCGCGCAGAGGGUCAACAAGCACCGAUGGGCUUACUGUACCUCAUAUUGAGUCUGAUUCUGCUCGGCGGUCGAGCUUUGUCCGAUGGUCAGUGUGCUUACUGUCCCUGCAAGGCAUUCAUGUACUCAACUGAUGUACACAACCUGCACUAUGCGAGUAUGCAGGCGACUUUCGUGCUCAGCUACAUCGCUUGUCGCUUGAGCCAAGCACUAUCUUGCCAAACGCCCUGUGUCCAGAGCAUGCGGAGCAAAGUGCAAGCUUGAGAUCCUCGCAAAGAACGUCAGAUCGGCCAACACUCUCUGUGUUCCUCGAUCAGCUCGUGAGACAGGGAUAUCUGGAGCGUGUAAAGUCUGCCGCUGCUCCUCCUGGAACUGCUGCAGGCACAGGUACAUCCAUCAAGGGGCGCAGGGCCAUCGCUUCCAAACGCAAAGAUGGAGAGGGACGCCCAGGCGAAGUGGAGAAUUUUGAGUGGAGAUGGGGAGCUAGAGCUGAGGUGGAAGUUGGAGAACCCAACAUCGCAGCUUUCGUAAAGGAGGUCUACCUCACAUCCGAGGAUGCCGACGACUCGGAGGACGCGGAGCCAUCAGCGGCCACCAGAGGCAGUGCUCGUAGAUCUGGAGCGAACGCUGCCGAGUCUAGGACUACCCAGCGCAGCAAUAGAGCCACACAGAAGGAGGCACUGCUGCUGAGAGAUAUAGAAAGGGCAGCUGGCUCGCAGCUUGUUGAUUGA